AUGGCGGAGCCGGCGUUGGAGGGGAGCCAGCCGGUGGAUCUGUCCAAGCACCCCUCCGGCAUCGUCCCCACGCUCCAGAAUAUUGUGUCGACGGUCAAUUUGGACUGUAAACUGGACCUCAAAGCAAUUGCCCUUCAAGCACGUAAUGCAGAAUAUAACCCCAAGCGUUUUGCUGCGGUUAUUAUGCGGAUAAGAGAACCAAAAACUACAGCAUUGAUAUUUGCGUCAGGGAAAAUGGUCUGUACUGGAGCAAAAAGUGAACAACAAUCUAAACUUGCAGCUAGGAAGUAUGCUCGCAUCAUCCAGAAGCUUGGUUUUCCAGCAAAAUUCAAGGACUUCAAGAUUCAGAACAUUGUUGGGUCUUGUGAUGUCAAAUUCCCAAUCAGACUUGAGGGUCUUGCAUACUCUCAUGGUGCUUUCUCAAGUUACGAACCAGAGCUCUUCCCUGGCUUGAUCUAUCGGAUGAAGCAGCCAAAGAUUGUGCUGCUGAUUUUUGUUUCAGGCAAGAUUGUUCUGACAGGAGCUAAGGUGAGAGAGGAGACGUACACUGCCUUCGAAAAUAUUUAUCCUGUCCUCACAGAGUUCAGAAAAGUCCAGCAAUGGUAUGUAGCAUCUGAGUACAUAUUAACAGGCAUGGGUAAAUGGAGAUUGCUAUUCAACUAUUGUGCCUAG